AUGGCAUCUAGAAAUUCUAAACUCUUUCUUCCCUUUUCAUGCAUACUCCUUCUUGCUUCCUUUAUCCUAACAGUUCUUUCACAUCCUCACGACACUCAUUUACGACCAAAUACAUUGUCCAGUAAAGAUACGAACUCGUCGCCUUUUGGGUCUCUUAAAGCCAUGCAAGGGUCUCAUAAGGGCGACACAGUAAAAGGCAUUCGUGACCUUAAACUCUAUCUUGCUCAUUUCGGAUACCUAAACUACCACAAAAACCCUAAUCUCGCAGACCUUGAAGAAGAUCAUUUUGACGAUAAGCUUGAGGUAGCGCUCAAGUCGUACCAGGUCUACUAUCAUCUCAACGCGACAGGGACGCUUGACGAGCCAACGAUAUCCCAGAUGGCCAUGCCUCGUUGUGGUUUCCCCGAUAAAGUAAUUCACCAACACACUGAUAACUCUUUCCACAUAGUCUCGCAUUACCAAUUCCUUCCCGGAACACCAAAAUGGCCUAGUGUUAAAAGGCAUCUAACUUAUGGGUUUGGGCCACUUUUCCCAACCCGGUUCAUGCCACCUGUUACUCGAGCUUUUAACAAAUGGGCCACUGCUUCUGGACGAUAUUUCACGUUUACAAGAGCUACAAGUUAUCAAGGUGCUGAUCUUAAGAUUAGUUUUCAGCGUGUGUCGCAUGGAGAUGGGAGUCCGUUUAACGGAUCUGGUGCGGUGUUGGCCCAUGCUUUUCCACCUGUAGAUGGAAGACUUCAUUUUGAUGCGGAUGAAAGAUGGGCGAUUGGAGCAGUGCCAAAUACAUUCGAUAUGGAGACUUUGGCAUUACACGAAAUAGGGCACCUUCUUGGGCUUGAUCAUAGCCAGUUUCAGAGUGCGAUAAUGUGGGGUAGUUUCAGCGCCGGGGUUACGAAAGGUUUGACCUCAGACGACAUUCAAGGGCUCAGGGCUCUAUAUGGGAUUUAG